GAGACACCGGGCCCGCGGCCGGGCCAUGGCCGAGCUGCAGCAGCUGCAGGACUUCGAGAUCCCCACGGGCCGGGAGGCGCUGCGCGGGAACCACAGCGCCCUGCUGCGGGUCGCCGACUACUGCGAGGACAACUACGUGCAGGCCACGGACAAGCGGAAGGCGCUGGAGGAGACCAUGGCCUUCGCCACUCAGGCCCUGGCCAGUGUCGCCUACCAGGUGGGGAACCUGGCUGGACACACGCUGCGCAUGCUGGACCUGCAAGGCGCAGCCCUGAGGCAGGUGGAGGCCCGGGUGAGCACGCUGGGCCAGAUGGUGAACAUGCACUUGGAGAAGGUGGCCCGAAGGGAGAUCGGCACCUUGGCCACUGUACAGCGCCUGUACCCCGGCCAGAAGGUGGUGGCCCCCGAGAGCCUGCCCCCGCUCGAGCCCUACUGCAGGAGACCGAUCAACUUCGGCUGCCUGGAUGACAUCGGCCACGGGGUCAAGGUAGAGAGGGGUCCUUCUCCCCCCUCACCACCUCAGAACCUUCCUUCCUUCUUAUUGAGUCAGCUGCCUCCGCCCCCGGAGCUCGACGACUUGGGGUUGCCACCGCCCCCGCCUGGCUUUGGACCGGAAGAGCCCAGCUGGGCCCCCGACGCCUACUUGGAAAAAGUGGUGACGCUGUACCCGUACACCCGCCAGAAGGACAACGAGCUCUCCUUCGCCGAAGGCGCAGUCAUCUGCGUCACCCGCCGCUACUCCGACGGCUGGUGCGAAGGCGUCAGCGCCGAGGGCACCGGCUUCUUCCCGGGGAACUACGUGGUACCCAGCUGCUGACCUGGGCCGAGGCAGGAGGAUCUCUCCUGGCCCCUCCCCAUGGUCGCGGGGAGGGAGUAGCGCCCCCAGGCCUGCCGCAGGGGCCUGGAACUGGAGACCACAGCGUUGUGAUCGUGUCUGCUAAGGCCCUGACCUCUGUGGGGUGGGGUCCCCAGCCCCCAGCAAGGACUCUGAAUAAAGCUCUGCGACCUGCCCAUCACGCCCUGAGGGGCUGGGGACAGGGAUUGAAUGCA